GUUACCGCGGCAACGGCGGGUUUCCUUUGUUUUUGUUGUGGUUCUCGAGUCGCCCUCGACCUGUUCUCCCAGCGCUGAUUUUCUCUUUAAACACACAAAGAUACCCGCGAUUCACUCGGUUCAACAUGGGAUCACUCGAGGCAGUGUCUUUUGACAUGUUUGAGCAUCAAAAGGAAAAUAUCCAACCACUGCCCGAAGGCAGAUCCGCAGCAGCACUAGCAAAAGCCUUCAGUUUCGCCUCCGUCGACCUUCCUCGCGGCGUCUCCUCGCCCGCACGCGACCGGUUCGAAGAAAAACUAAAGACAGCCGACGACCUCGACGAUCCGCUUGAAGUCUGGCUAGACUACCUCAAAUGGACGCACGAGACCUAUCCGCAAGGCGCGAGCGUCGAGAGCGGUCUGAUUUCGCUUCUCGAGCGAUGCACGACGCAGUUCCAGUCCGCGACGCACUACGCGAACGAUCCACGGUACUUGCGGGUGUGGCUCGAGUACGCAAAGUACAACGACAGUCCGCGCGAAAUCUUCUCGUUCUUGUUCCAGCGCGGCAUCGGCGUCGAGCUCGCGACCUUUUACGAGCAGUACGCGCACCUGCUCGAGUCGCUCAACCGCAAGAAUCAGGCGGACGAGGUUUUUAGGAUGGGAAUCGAGCGAGAUGCACGGCCGACGGAGAGGUUGAGGAGACGGUAUACCGAGUUCAUCGAGCGAUUGGAAGCGAACCCUGCCGACCCCAACGAGCCGAGUUCGCCCGCACUUGCCGUUCUGCGUCCCGCGCUCGCGACGAAAGAGCUCACUGUCGUCGAACGUGAAGAUAAUCCACAACAGCAGCGCUCUGGAGCCGGUAUGGCUGACGGCGCAUCUUCUCGACCUAGAGAGAAGAUGGCGAUCUUUGCCGACCCGGAUGGGUCUGCGGGUGUGAACCCUGAGCGGAGCGGCGGGUGGGAGUCGAUUGGGAGCAUUGCUGAGCGAAGGAAGGAGAACACGAUGGAGUCGAGGCCGAUUGAGGGCGAAACCAUGAAGAUGAUGAGCAGAUUACCGCCGUCUUCUGCUUCGCGAGAGAAAAUGCCGAUUUUCAAGGAUACCUCGUCAUCUUCAACUUUAUCCGGUGGAUCGAUAUUUCAGCAAGCGGGUCCACCUCCGCAACCUGUGUUUAAAGUACCGGCUCUACCGACUGGCUCGAAGAACAAGAGAGAGGAGAAGUUUGUUGUGGACCUACAGGCUAUAUAUCCAAGCGAGAUAGAAGAAGAAUUGUCCUUCGAAGAGCUCCGAGCGAGAGCGAGAGGCCUGCUGAGACGCCACGGCAAGGCCGUCGCGGCUCGACCUAUCGAGUUGUCUGCCGACGUUCCUUCAGCGACACCACUACGAUCUCAGAGCCGCGAGCCUUCAAUUCUGGUAGACCGCACCCCUGUCACUAGUCGGACGCCUAUGGCUGAUCGGACUCCCAUGGCUAGUGUCAGUCGGACACCUAUGGCUGAUCGGACCCCAGUUGCUGCACAUCCAGAAUUUGAAGUUCGUGAAGAGCGAAAAAGUUUACCGCGGGACGAUAACAUGACUAUUCAAACCAUGCCGCUGAAGGGUAUGUUGCAAUGCCGAAUCUCUGCUUUGCUGUCUUUGUUACAGGUGCUAAUAUGUAGUCUAGGUUCUCCUGAUGCUACUCGACGUCGACCGCCGUCUCCGACCAUGACUGUCCAUACACGGGCGGCGACUGAGGAGAUUUACAGUCUGUUUAACCAGCCUCUUAGCUGUGAUACUGAUGAUGCGGUUGAGAACGAGGGUGUUUCCGACAGCAGCGAGGACGAUGACGACAGCGACGAGGAUGAAGACGAGGAGGAUGAUGAUGAAGAGGACGAGGAGGAUGAUGAAGAAGAGGAAGAGGAAGAAUAUAGUCAGCAUUACAACGAUCAGGAAGAUCCACGACGUCGAGGCCAGGAAGUUGAAAACACCAUCGAUGAACCCGAAGUUGGAGACGGUGCUCGGGACAUCAAAGAAAAGAUUGGCAUCUAUCGUGAUUCCGAUGAACCCUCUUCUGAACAGUCACGAACAACUACCAGUCUGAUUCCUCUCGGUGUACCAGCGACACCUCACCAAUCAGACCGUCCCGCUCUUUCCUCAAAGGCCUACGGCUUUGGCAUGAUGACGCCGAUUGUGGAAACUACAGAGUCUGUAGCUACCGUGAGUCGCUCGGCACAGGCUAAGCAUAAUCGAUUCAUAAACGAGUGCAUGGAUGAGAAUCUUGAGAGCUCACCUUUCAUCGAGCACCCUGCUCCUCGACGAGACAUUCUUGCCCGCGAUGAGGCUGCCGGUGCGGAGGACGAGAACUCGAUGAUUAGAUUUUCUCCUGUCGCGCGGAAAGUAACUCGCGAGGUUGAUAUCUGGCGCAAAGAGCCGGUUGUGCAGGAGAUGAUGGUGAACCCCAUGAACGACGGCGUGCGGAGCGCGAUCCUUGACCAUGCGACCGAGUCGCUGCGGUCGUUCCGCGGAUUAUACAAUUAUGACGGGCGCAAGCUUGGAAAGGCAGAGAUAUUACAGAAGGCGGUGAAGAACAAGCGAGCGAUUGAGAAUGCAGAGAUCGUGUUACGCGGCACGACAUACCGACUGCGCAAAGAGCUUGGCGAAGGUGCGUUUGCGCCGGUGUAUCUCUUUGAUGUCUUGAACGACGAGAACGUGUUGGAGAGCGAGGAUAAAACCAGUGUGGCGAUGAAGAUGGAGCAGCCGCCUAGUGCCUGGGAGUUUUACAUCAUGCGCGAGAUUGAGCGUCGCUGGAGCGGCGAGGGACUUUCGCUUGAGAUGCGCGAGCGCGCGUUGGCGUCGAUGAUUCGAGCACGCGAACUUCAUAUGUUUGCAGAUACUACUUGCCUGGUGCUGGAUUACAACGAUCAGGGCACGAUCCUGGAUCUAGUGAAUCUAGUCAAGGCCGAGAGUAUAAAGACUGCGUCAGGGCCUGUUCUCGGACUCGAUGAAUGUCUCGUGAUGUUUUUCACCAUCGAGCUGUUUCGAACUAUCGAGGCGCUGCACGAAGUCGGUAUUCUUCACGGAGACCUCAAGCCCGACAACUGCAUGGUGCGGUUAGUCCAGAGCCGGCAUACGAGCUCGAUGGCGGGCCUCUCGCUAUCGUCUACUACCACAUCAAAGUCCGUCUCGGGGUCAUACUCCGCGCAGGGCGAGAACGGCUGGUGCUCGAAGGGAAUCACGCUGAUUGAUUUUGGUCGGUCGAUUGAUAUCACGGCGUUCCCGCGCGGGGUGCAGUUUAUUGCCGACUGGAAGACAUGCGAGCAGGACUGCGCGGAGAUGCGUGAGCUGCGGCCUUGGAGUUACCAGGUUGACUACCACGGUCUCGCUAGUAUAAUCCACAUGAUGCUUUUCGGCAAAUACAUCGAGACCACAGCCGACAGCAGCGCCGCGAGCGGUCGGCGGAAGCGGUACCGGAUCAAGGAGAGUUUUAAGAGAUAUUGGCAGCAGGAUCUGUGGAAGCAGAUGUUUGACAUCCUUCUCAACUCUGCGCUGAAAAGCGAGGAGAUGGUUGCGGAGGAAGGCGCGGAGAAGCAGUUCCCGAUCACGCACAAGUUGAAGGAGUACCGGGUGAAGAUGGAGGAGUAUCUGGAGGAGAACGGGGAGCGGUCUGGAGUUAGUUUGCGGGGAUCGCUGCAGAAGUUGGAACAGCUGGUGAUGGAGAGACGGAGGCAUUUGUAAAAAUAAGGUGGCAUUUAGUAUUAGUUUAAUAUCCGGCGGGUUCGUUUGAUGAUCAGUUAAUAUGACGAAUAGAAAUCAUAAACACUGCAGAGUUUUCUGCCUGGCUCUGCACUGAUAUAGAUGUUGUUGAUAAGAGUGUGGAUGAUGCGAAAGUCACCAGAUGCAUUAAACAAAGAG